CUGUCACAUGCGAAUUGGAGUCCGCGUGCACUCUUGGCGACAUGAAAUCUAGCAUGGAGGUCUCCGUAUGCUUUUUUGUGACCAUUUUGUUCCUGCAGAGUAGCGCAACUGAACUCCAAUUUACAGAGCGGAUAAAGUCUACGCAAAUAAUACAUUUUGCUGACGUUACAACAGUGAAAUCGGAGAUCUGCACAAGUCCGCGCCUAAUGCCAACAUGCACAGGUAACCUGUUUAAGGUGUAUUACUACGACUCGGGCACCGAACAGUGCCUACCUGAAAAUACAUGCGUUUCUACUGACAGUUUCAAGACAUUAAGAGAUUGUCAAGAAACAUGCCUCAGAAAGAAAGGAACGGAAGUCUCUGCUGAUAAAAGAAUGCCAUUGUUUCAACACAAGGUACCAUUGCUGUGGUUACUUAUAUUCUACGGAUAUAUUCUCGCAUCCUGCAUAUGGCGACGGAAGGGUCAAAUACCUUAUGCAGCAGUUUCCUUCGCAUUUCUUUCUGAACACCUUGCUAAAAAGUUGAUAAACGCCUGAGAAAAAUGCGAUGCAAUUUCAAACAAUCAGGUACAUUUUACUAUGACUUGUAGACACCACACCGCCAUUGCUACAACGAAUAAAUAUCUACAGGAAGCGCUGAGCAAUGAACUCCAACUGUGAUUAAGAGAAAUCAAAAUUUACUUUUGCGUAUUCUUUGUUCUAUGCUAUACACAUGCAGUCAGUACUAAUUCGUCAUCUUCAGAUUCUCAUUAGUGUGCUAUGAUAGAAAAUCUUUAC